GGUGCUUAUAUAAACCGCUAAAACAAAAUGCUUCAAAGCGUUGCGUUUUCAAAAAACGCUGAAUCCGUUUUCGGUUCAAGUUUCUUUUUCAAGCCUUCGCUUCGUAAACUCUCACUUCCUAAACCAUACAAAGUGAGUUUUUUAAUGGAAAAGCACAGCAUAAAGUUUUAUAAAAAUCCGGUUUUGGCGUGCCGAGCAUCCCGUGACUCUCACGAUUCUUCUACUACCAGGAAGGAUCAUACACCUGUUCAUGGAUUAUCUGAGAUGAUUGUUGGUGUUCUUGGAGGAGGGCAGUUAGGUCGAAUGUUAUGCCAAGCGGCUUCACAAAUGGCUAUUAAAGUUAUGGUUUUAGACCCACUUGAAAACUGUCCGGCGAGUGCACUUUCUUAUCAUCACAUGGUUGGUAGUUUUGAUGAUAGUGCUACGGUUGAGAACUUCGCGAAGAGAUGUGGAGUGUUGACUGUUGAGAUUGAACAUGUUGAUGUCGCCACAUUGCAUAAGCUUGAACAACAAGGAGUAGAUUGUCAACCUAAAGCCUCUACCAUUCGGAUAAUCCAAGAUAAAUUCCUCCAAAAGGUCCAUUUUUCUCAGCAUGGAAUUCCACUACCUGAGUUCAUGCAGAUAGAUGAUCUUGAAGGUGCUAGGAGAGCAGCUUGUCAGUUUGGCUACCCUCUUAUGAUCAAGAGCAAAAGGUUAGCCUAUGAUGGGCGUGGCAAUGCUGUUGCCAAGAGUGAAGAGGAGCUUUCUUCUGCAAUAAACGCGCUUGGAGGAUUUGAUCGUGGUUUAUAUGUUGAGAAAUGGGCACCCUUUGUCAAGGAGCUGGCUGUCAUUGUCGCAAGAGGAAGAGACAAUUCUAUCUUGUGCUACCCUGUUGUUGAAACAAUUCACAAGGAAAACAUAUGCCACAUAGUCAAGUCACCUGCUGUUGUGCCAUUGGAAACUAAGAAACUUGCCAAUGAUGUUGCUUACCGAGCUGUUAGUUCAUUGGAGGGUGCUGGUGUGUUUGCAGUGGAGUUAUUUUUGACGAAUGAUGGACAGAUUUUACUAAACGAAGUGGCUCCUAGAGUUCACAAUAGUGGUCACCACACAAUUGAGGCUUGUUACACCUCACAAUUUGAGCAGCAUUUGCGUGCUGUUGUUGGCCUUCCGCUUGGUGAUCCAUCAAUGAAAUGUCCAGCUGCUAUCAUGUACAAUUUACUGGGUGAAGAUGAGGGGGAGCGUUUCCGUUUAGCUCAUCAAUUGAUUGAGAGGGCAUUGGGUACUCCAGGGGCUAGUGUUCAUUGCACUCGAACUCCUAGAAUGAUGCUUGAUUAUGCCUUAUCUGCUCAGGAGCGAGGCAUUCGGAUUAUCAUUGCUGGUGAUAGUAGUGCAGCCCACUUGCCAGGUAUGGUUGCUGCACUUACUCCCUUACCUGUUGGUGUCCCUUUGCGUGCUUCGGCAUUGGAUGGACUCGAUUCACUCUUAUCAGUGGUGCAGAUGCCUAGAGGUGUCCCAGUUGCAACAGUCGCAAUAGAUAAUGCAAGAAGUGCAGGCUUAUUAGCAGCAAAAAUGUUGGGGGUAAAUGGCAAUGUUGAUCUACUUGCGAGAGUGAGCCAGUAUCAGGAAGAUGCAGGGGAUGAUGUCCUAAAAAAAGCAGAGAAGUUACAGAAAGAUGUUACCCCACAUGUUGAGAUAAUCAUGGGCUCUGAUUCAGAUCUUCCUGUUAUGAAGGAUGCUGCUAAGAUCCUUAGCUUAUUUGAUUUACCUCAUAAGGUUAAAAUAGUAUCAGCACAUCGGACUCCUGAAAUGAUGUUUACUUAUGCCUCUUCUGCUCAGGAUCAAGGCAUCUCCAUCAUCAUUGCUGGUGCUGGUGGUGCAGCCCACUUGCCAGGUAUGGUUGCUGCACUUACUCCCUUGCCUGUUAUUGGCGUUCCAGUGCGGUCUUCUGCAUUGAAUGGAAUUGAUUCACUCUUAUCAAUUGUGCAGAUGCGUGGGGAUGUCCCAGUUGCAACAGUCGCAAUAAAUAAUGCAACAAAUGCGGGUUUGUUAGCAGUAAGGAUGUUGGGGGUUGGCAAUGCUGAUCUACUGGGAAGAAUGAGCCAGUACUUGAAAGACAUCAAGAACGAUGUCUUGACAAAAACUGAGAAGCUAGAGCAAGAUGGUUGGGAGUCUUAUUUGAAUCAUUAACUAUGUUAAUGCUUUUAUGGAGAGGUGUUUUUUGUUUUUUGCCUGAAAACUUGGGUCUACUAUAAUAAGUGUAAAAGUUGGUUACCAUUUGU